UUUAUCCUCCUAUCUCUAUCAUUACAGUGUCCUCUCCUCUCUCUCUCUCUCCAUUUUCUCUCUCUAACAAUGGCUUCUCUCUUCCGAGACCGAACUCUCGGUCAUUCUAAGAGAGAAACCUCCGCCAGCACCACCAGCACCACCAGCACCACCAUGCCCACCAUUACUUCUUCAUCUCUCCCAUCCCCAUUUGGCGACCUAACACCAACUCUCACCACCACUGACCUCCGAGACACCGCCUACGAGAUCUUCGUCGCUGUUUGCCGUACUUCCACCGGAAAACCCCUCACCUACAUUCCCAACAGCUCCAACUCCGACCGAUCUCCGUCACCGUCGCCGUCAUCUCUAUCAAGCUCACCGUCAAUGAGUAAGUCGCUGUCUUCGACUGCGGCGAGUAAGAUGAAGAAGGCUCUGGGACUCCGAUCCAGCUCCAAUUCCGGGUUGGUUUUGAAGAAAAGCGAGAACAGUCCGGGUUCGGGUGGGAAGGCAAAGAAGCCGGUGACUGUAGGAGAGCUAAUGAGGGUUCAGAUGAGGGUUUCGGAGACGGUGGAUUCGAGGGUGAGGAGGGCUCUUUUGAGGAUUACUGCUGGGCAGGUUGGAAGGAGAAUUGAGUCUCUGGUUCUCCCAUUAGAGCUAUUACAGCAGUUCAAAUCUUCAGAUUUUACGGAUCAAGAAGAAUAUGAAGCUUGGCAGAAAAGAAAUCUGAAAAUGCUUGAGGCCGGACUCCUUUUACAUCCUCAUAUGCCAUUGGAUAAGUCCAAUACUACUUCACAAAGGCUGCGACAAAUUAUUCAAAAUGCCCUGGAUAGGCCAAUAGAAACUGGAAGGAAUAAUGAGUCGAUGCAAGUCCUUCGUAGUGCUGUAAUGUCUCUUGCUAAUAGAUCAUCUGAUGGAUCCCUAUUGGAGUCAUGCCACUGGGCAGAUGGUUUCCCACUGAAUCUCCGACUCUAUGAAAUGCUUUUAGAAGCCUGCUUUGAUGCUAAUGAUCAAACAUCCCUCAUAGAGGAAGGUGAUGAGCUUAUGGAACUCAUAAAGAAAACUUGGGGAAUACUUGGAUUAAACCAAAUGCUCCAUAACCUUUGCUUUUCAUGGGUUCUAUUCAACCGUUUUGUUGCAACUGGACAAGUUGAAAAUGAUCUGCUAUAUGCUGCAGAUAGUCAGCUAGCUGAAGUCGCAAAAGAUGCAAAGACAAUGAAGGAUCCUGCAUACUCCAAGAUUUUGAGUUCUACAUUGACUUCAAUAUUAGGUUGGGCUGAGAAAAGGCUUCUUGCCUACCAUGAUACUUUCGAUAGUGGAAAUAUAGGUUCCAUGGAGAGCAUUGUUUCUCUUGGGGUAUCAGCGGCCAAAAUCUUGGUUGAAGAUAUAUCUAAUGAGUAUCGGAGGAGGAGGAAAGGUGAAGCUGAUGUGGUUCGCAACAGGAUUGACACUUACAUCAGGUCAUCACUUCGGACCGCUUUUGCUCAGAGAAUGGAGAAGGCAGAUUCAAGCAGGAGAGCAUCAAGAAACCAGCCAAAUCCUCUUCCUGUCCUUGCCAUUCUUGCAAAGGAUGUUGGUGAGCUGGCAGUUAAUGAGAAGGAGUUAUUCAGUCCUAUACUGAAGAGAUGGCAUCCUUUUGCUGCAGGUGUGGCUGUUGCCACACUUCAUGCUUGCUAUGGGAAUGAGGUGAAGCAAUUCAUUUCGGGUAUUACGGAAUUAACGCCAGAUGCUGUACAAGUGUUGAGAGCUGCAGAUAAGUUGGAGAAAGAUCUUGUGCAGAUUGCUGUUGAAGAUGCAGUGGACAGCGACGAUGGUGGGAAGGCAAUAAUCCGUGAGAUGCCGCCUUUUGAAGCUGAAGCGGCCAUAGCCAACCUGGUUAAAGUUUGGAUUAAGACAAGAGUAGACAGACUGAAGGAGUGGGUUGACAGGAAUCUCCAACAAGAGGUCUGGAAUCCACAAGCUAAUCAAGAAAAAUAUGCUCCAUCUGCCAUUGAAGUUCUGCGAAUUAUAGAUGAAACUCUGGAUGCGUUCUUUCAGCUACCAAUCCCUAUGCAUCCAGCAUUGCUUCCUGACUUGAUGGCUGGUCUUGACAGAUGCCUUCAGUAUUACAUAACCAAGGCAAAAUCCGGCUGCGGAUCAAGGAACACUUACGUUCCCACUAUGCCAGCAUUAACCAGAUGUACAACAAAUACAAAAUUUCAAGGUGUGUGGAAGAAGAAAGAGAAGUCACUGAAUUUGCCGAGGAAGAAUUCUCAGGUUGCAACAAUGAACGGGGAUCACUCUUUUGGCGUACCACAACUAUGUGUUCGUAUAAAUACUUUUCAACAAAUCCAAAUGGAGUUUGAUGUUCUGGAAAAGAGAAUAAUUACCCUUUUGCGGAACUCUGAAUCUGCUCAUGCAGAAGACUUAUCGAAUGGGUUGGGGAAAAAGUUUGAGCUCUCACCAUCUGCUUGUCUGGAAGGGAUCCAACAACUCUGUGAGGCAGUAGCUUACAAAAUUGUUUUUCAUGAUCUGAGUCAUGUUUUGUGGGAUGGUUUGUAUGUUGGCGAGCCAUCAGCUUCUAGGAUUGAACCAUUCCUUCAGGAGCUUGAGCAGAACUUAACGAUCAUAUCAGCUACUGUGCAUGAAAGAGUUCGUACACGUAUUAUUGCUGACAUAAUGAAAGCUUCCUUUGAUGGGUUCUUGUUGGUUUUGCUUGCCGGAGGCCCCUCGCGUGCUUUUAUCAGGCAAGACUCCCAAAUAAUAGAGGAUGAUUUCAAGUCUCUUAAAGAUCUAUUCUGGGCAAAUGGGGAUGGAUUGCCAGCGGAUGUGAUUAGCAAGUUUUCAACUGCUGUGAGGGAUGUCCUCCCACUUUUCCGGGCUGAGACAGAUAGCCUUAUUGAGAGAUUCAGACGCUUGACUUUGGAAACAUACGGUUCUUCUGCCAAAUCAAGGCUUCCCUUACCUCCAACCUCAGGGCAAUGGAACUCAACUGAACCAAACACGCUGCUGCGUGUUCUGUGUUACCGGAAUGAUGAAGCAGCCUCAAAGUUCCUCAAAAAAACCUACAACUUGCCGAAGAAACUGUAAUGGACUUGAGGCAUGGUUCAGGGUGACGAUGGCUAGCCAGGGUGUCUUCAGAAGUGGCAUAUUCUUGUAUAGUGAAUUUAGAAGCAUUGGUUACUCCACCAUUCUGCUUGCAAAAGGUUCAAAAUCGGUGGCAACGUUGGAGGCCUGCUUGGAGGAAGGCGGGUUUGAGGUUUAUUAUUAUUCAUUUCGUCCGUCAAUAGAUAAUUAGUUCUCCUAGUUGCAGUAUUGUCAUUGUCUGUUGCAUUUAUUAAUCAUUGGUUUGACCUAAGAUUCUUCAUCCUCCAAUAUUCCUUCUUUUUUUUUUUUUUUCCCAUUUUAAUUGUUCUUUCCCCAGUGUAGAUAUAAAGGGUUUAUGUCAGCCCUACGGGUAUGAAGUUAUUACUAACCUGUGCUACAGGCAUCUAUUUUGUUCAUUUGAGAUCAUGUAUUUAUGUUGUUGAUCCUAAAUAGUCGAUGUGCUACAGACAUCUAUUUUGUU